UAUUAAUUAAUUUUAACUCAAUAAAUAGUAUCGUGAUAAAAAAUCUCCAUAUUCUGUAUUCCCCCUAUGGGUUGCAUAAAUUUCGUUAUUCAUGAAUUAAGAAUUGUGUCUUUUUCUUUCGUAAGCGUUUUAAAAAAUCUGAAUUCAGUAUCAUCAAUAAAAGUAUAAUAUUGUUUAUUUGAGCAAAGUUUAUUUAAAUUGAUUUGAGGGGAAAGAAAGUUAUUAAAUAUGUAUAAAAUCGUGUUAAAAGUACUUCAGAGUACGACUGAACGAAUAGAAAAACUUGUUUUUAUAAAUCCGAGUUUACUCUAGAUUAUUGACGUAAUUUCUUUACGUUCUUUGUCAGAGUUCUCUGCUAACGAAACUUCGCACAUUGUUGUAUUUACAUAAAAUAUUCGUACUUUCUAUCAAAUUAUCACAUCAUGUAAAAUUAUUGUGUUCAAUUACAUUAUUGAAAUUUUAAUCCGCUCGCACAUUGCAACGUGAAGUACUUGAGAUAUAUUGGCAGUAAAUGUAAAUGUAGUUUCAGAAAGGUUAUCAGUCUCGACGAAUGGCGUUUUAAUUUAAUGCCAGACGUGCUGUCACAUAUUGUACUAAACGAUUAUUUCAUCUGACAUUGGAGUGCAUUAUUUGUCACUUGAUGUGAGACUUUGUUUUUCCAUGAGUCAAAAACAGUUUUCAUCGACAAUGCGAACUCCUAUUGAUUACAUGCACGUGUAAAAGUUUAAUUACAAGUGGUUGCAAAUUAACUUGUUCAAGCAUUCUCCAUAAACUUGUGUGGGAUUUUUGAACAUUUGUAUGUCCUAUCAUAGUCAAACCAAAUUCCUAAGGAAAGUAUUAUCUGGCUGCUAAUUGUAUCUACAGUAAACAAUGGAACAGGAUAAUAGCCACGAUCAUAAUAUGUGCUGCAAUGUAAAUAACACUAUCGGUGUUCGGCAAUCAUUUAAUGAAAUGGAAUUCGAACGCGGUAUAUGGUAUGCGGCGCAGUAUAACGAUUUGGAUCGUGUGGAGGCGUUAUUGAGGAAAGGCGUUUCGGUUAAUGCGGAGGAUUCAGCCGGAUACACGGCGUUGCACUAUGCAGCUCGAAACGGACAUUACGAAAUUUGCAAAAUACUUUUGGAAAAUAAUGCACAGGCGAAUGCACAGACGCGUUGCGGACAAGCCGCCGCGCUGCACAGGGCAGCUGUACAAAAUCAUCCUGACGUCGUUGAACUUCUGUUGAAGUACGGCGCAAAUCCUAAUUUGAAAGAUGCAGACGGUUACACUGCUUUACAUAAGGCACUUACGGCUCGUUCGAUAUCCGUCUGCAAACUGCUAAUACCGCGCACGAAUUUAUCAUUGUUUAAUAGCAAACAGAAUAUAGAACGUUUCGCGCAAGAAAAAUGUCCCGACAUCCUACCAUUUUUAUCAACGUACAUAAAUAAAGAAGAAAAUGCGGUUGGUUAAUAAGAAUAAUUCACAUAGUGUGUAAUAAAUUGAACACAUGGACAAAUAUAGUAAGCAAAACAGAAUUAUUUUAUCUAUUA